AGGAAAGCGUAAACUGCUGAUGGCGAUAUGUUUUGCCGCUUGUCUGCUUCUGUUCUUCGGCGCCCUGGCAACUGUUUUGAGCUCAAAGCAAGCCGAAGAUACGGGAGAUGACGGCACGGAGUCCGAAGCUUACUAUCCCACGGCGCCCGCUGGAAACAUCCCUCAGUUGACACCGUCCUCUGCAGGUGGAGAGGCAUCAUCAGGAGAUGGGGCAACACCAGGAGUUACAAGAGUGACACGAAAGCCUCUUCCACUUAGACCGUUGGUGUGCAGCUACAAGCUGGACAUGAAUAAAGAUUACCCCUAUCCUCCCGACGGACUCUGCGACUUCCUUUUUCACACAUUUGGUGUGUUACCUGAAGGCUUCAACUACAACGAAUAUGAGGAAGUUACUGACGACGACAGAGCCUUAUUUGAUAAAUUUAAGGAUGAGGCCAUGAAGUCGAAGAUAACUUUGUUUGGCAUUGACAUCUACGACCAUUUUGAGAACAAUUCUAUUCUGACAUUAAACACAGAUGAAGGCAAAGCUGCACUGAGAGGACUUUGGGACUACAAAAUAGUGCAUUACGCUUGUCUCGAUUUUUUUAUUUUCGCUCUUGGGGAUCACUUCGCUAUGAAGAUCGGCAUGCUAGCAAAGAUAUUGAUGGAGUUACGAGACGAGUACAGGAGCCUUCACGAGACAGAAAACAGCUUUUUUUUCCUUGGCAUUGGAGCAGCAAACGAAAAUCGCGAUGAACGACAGGUGACAGUUUUAAGAUACGCUAUGAGCAUUAUGCUGCCGGACGCUGUGCUAUACCGAACCACUCGGACUAACAGCUAUGAUUACGCGAGCGAAUGUACUUUUGUUCCACCAUCGCAGUGGUCUGAAAGUGAAGAAAGCGUACAGAUGACAUUUAGUGCAGCGUUCAGGAUGCGCAAGUUGAGCACCUGGCCUUCCAGUGUUGUACAAAUGAUGUCUUUCUCCCCGGGAAUUACCUACAUGGAUGGUGGGGAUCCUCUCGUGUUUAAUAGUAAAUGCGACGGAUAUACCCUCAAGCCGGCAAGUUUCAGAUGCAGUCCGGACAACGGUGCUCGCGAUGCUCCUUUUAUGAAGUCACCGGACGGAAUGGACGUCUACCGGCUAGGGAAUAUAAGCUAUAUGUCCCAGCUAGGUCAUUUUUUCGCCGGAUAUGAUACGCCAGAGUCUAUGAAGAGAAAGAUGUGCAAGAGUGUAGUGGAGCACAACUUUAGUGGCGGAUGGACUGUGUUGCACAUGGAAUACUCUAUCGUUGACGGGAAAGGCUGCAAUGACACAAACUAUCAAGGAAACUACCAGAUGGUUCAAGCAUUACGUGACCUUAUGAAGAUCAACUUUACGGCCAACGACUGCCCCUGACCAAUAUAGAAAACGCCAUGUCAACUGAGUGAACUCUGUGCAGGUUCAUAUAUUACGCGAUGUAUGCGGCGUUCAUAGCAUUCACUGGAAUAAUAUAAUACCUAGUAGGUGUUUACCUUGAAAAUAAAAAAAUA